CCAGCAAGUCUACGCCUUUGCCACACACCAGACAUGAGCGAAUAGGAUGAAUUGAUUGUGUGUGGGAUACACUGGUGCUUGGUAACUUCUAUGCUAUGACCUGAAUGCAGUGGACCGGUGGUGCUCUUGCAGGGACUGUUUCUAGAUAUUUGUAUGCUCAUGGUAGGCUCUUUAGCAUUUAAAGUGCAUUAAUGAUGCACUACUCAAGCUGGCUUAUUGGCGUAAAAAACAGGGCAAGCCUUCGAAAUGCAUGCAAAACACCACCUAACAUGGAUCGGAACAAAAGGGGGACGUUGAAUGUGGACAUGCAGAACAACAAUCCGCAGCCCAAUGGAAAGACAUCCGACCUAACGGUCAUGACCCACCUCUGGAAAAAAGGCUACAAAACAAUCAAGAAAAUUGGGGAAGGCACAUUUUCAGAGGUGUUGAAAACUCAGAGCCUGAAAGAUGGGAAGUUCUACGCAUGUAAAACCAUGAAGCAGACAAUUAACAGUCUGGAGCAGGCCAACAAUCUGCGGGAAGUCCAGGCAAUGAAGAGGCUGAGCCCACAUGCAAAUAUCAUCGAGCUACAUGAACUGAUUUUUGACAAAGAAACUGGAACUGUGUCUUUGAUUUGUGAGCUGAUGGAGAUGAACAUCUAUGAGUUCAUACAAGGAAGACAAACACCACUGCCUGAUAAUACAAUAAAGAACUACAUGUACCAGCUUUGCAAGUCACUUGAACAUAUGCACAGCUGUGGGAUUUUUCACAGAGAUGUGAAGCCAGAAAACAUUCUCAUCAAACAAAACGGUCUGAAGCUUGGCGACUUCGGCUCAUGUCGGAGCGUGUACUCCAAGCCUCCGCAUACAGAGUACAUCUCCACACGCUGGUACAGAGCCCCAGAGUGCCUCCUCACUGAUGGCUACUAUGGCUUAAAGAUGGACAUGUGGAGUGCUGGCUGUGUCUUCUUUGAGAUCAUGAGUUUGAGUCCCCUCUUCCCGGGAACCAAUGAGUUGGACCAGGUUGCCAAGAUCCAUGACGUGUUGGGGACACCAGAUCAAAGUAUCCUCCAAAAGUUAAAGCAGUCUAGAGCGAUACAAUUCAACUUCCCCCCUAAAAAAGGCAGCGGUAUCUCCCGGUUAGUCCCUCGCUGCCCGGCUCCAGCUCUGUCACUCCUCUAUCAGAUGCUCGCCUAUGACCCCGAUGAACGCAUUACUGCAGAAACAGCUCUGCGGCACACGUACUUUAGGGAAAUCAGGCUGGCAGAGAAGAAAGCCGAGACUUUUCAAAGAGUAUCUGGGACUAUGGAUGGACUAGAGAGUGGCGGGAAGCACAACUCCUUAGACCACAUCUGGCGCCCAGCCAGACUCGGCAAACAGCUGAGGGGAAGACACACAAGGCAAACCCCUUUAAUAAGCCACAACAUGAAACACGUAGCGGAGCCCCUAAUCCGACGGAACGUGCCUCAUAUUCCUACAGAGCUACCCAAGAUCAACAUGGUUGUGCCUGGACCUCAGAUCUCCUUCCCGGUCUCCAGUAUGCCCGCAUUUACCGUCACCCACCGAGGCACUCUGCCAACCAUCACGUCGAAAAAGUGCCAGUCGCGUUUGGCAAAGCCCCGGGAUGAGUCCCACCGUGCAGCUUUGAAGACUUUCUACAUUCCACCUCUGGAUAGGAAACAUGGAGGCUACUGAGAAUCAAAAACACUUCCAUUUUAUUAUUAAAAAUGUCCUCUAAAAACUGGAUAGACCUUUAUUGUUAAACAAAUUGUCGAGAGGAAAAUGUUUGGACGGGCCGGACGUUGAAAUCUAUGAAGCAACACAAACAUGAUGAAAAAUGCAACAAAGACCGCCAUGCCUGUCAUAUUACCAGAUAUCACACUGUUCAACCCUCACUGCAAUGGUACGAUUCAAUGUAAUAUCUACAUAAACAAACAGUCUGUAAUAUAACGCUGGAUUGAGAGUGUGUAGUCAGGUGUUACAUGUUUACAACGGUUAAGAAAUGUACUUCAAUCUGAGCCCAUUACACAAGCUAAGCAAUAACAUAUGACACGUGGAAAGACAUUUACCAUUGUGCGUGUCUUUUUUUUAUGGUUUCUGAAUGAAAUGGAACAUAUUUGAUGAGUAACAUGGUCAACUUCCUGGACAACAGGGUGCCUUUAAAAAGUUGUCACAACCCUUGGACUUGUUCUGGUUGUCUGGUCUUAUUUGACAACUUUGAAUCACAAAUAAAUUAACUAAAUCACAACAGAACAAAUGUCAACAAACUGAACGACACCAGGUUUUUUAAAUAAAUAUUAAGUGGAUUCGAAGUUGUAGAGCAAUAAACAUGAUAAACCAAGGGUGGGGUUGAAUACUUUUCCUAGGCACUGUUUACUGGUGAUAGUCUCUUUCCAAAUGCUGCGAAUGAACUCCUCGGGACAAAGCGUUCUGAGCCACAACAUUGCCUUUGGAGAAGUAAUUUAAAGGCAUAUUGAACUGUAAUGUAAAUAAACAGCAAAACAGAUUUGGAACAGUCAAGGAAAAAUAACUUUACUUUUAGAUGAAGUAUGUAUGUGAUCUGUAUUUUAUAUGGCCUUAAGAAAGUCCUAAAAAAAAAAAAAGAAAGUUGUUUAGAAUGUAGCUCAGCCAGUUAUUCCCAUUGAAGCACCUUCUAAUCCAGAUAAUCCAGAGUUGAGAGCUCAGUGAAGUGGACUGACUCUGCCUGCACUUUAUUAUGUUGGUUAUUGUGAAGGAUUACCAGAUUAAAAAAAGCGAAGCGCC